AACAACAGUUUAUCCCACGAAAUCCCACCCAAAAUCUACCGCUUGGCAAGCCUCCAGAUUCUCAAUCUGCACACAAAUUUCCUCACAGGAGAAAUCCCUCGAAACAUAUUUGGCUGGUCCAAUCUCAUUACCCUCAAUCUUGGGCAAAACAGGCUCGUUGGAAACAUUCCUGAUCCACUCAUCAGUACUUCGGAGCUCCGGUAUUUCAAUCUCGAAUACAACAAUCUCACUGCGGUGUCCCUCCAUGGCUUGGCAAUAUAUCAUCUCUGCAAGCAAAUGAAUUUUUUAAUUAAUUGA